AUGGACAUAAGAAAGUAUAUGCAGCGUAUUUCAGAUCAUAAAAAGGACACUGAAAGUGUGAUUGAGAGUACAGUUGAUGAAGAUGACAGCCAUCAAAAUGCAGCUGCAUUUUUUGAUGAGCACCAACACUCAGAGCCAGCAGCACCCAGCACGAGUGUCGACCUGGACAGCCAGGCCCAAGCGGCAGUCCCGUCUCAACCCCAACCUCCUCUGCUGCUGCUGCCUAAUGACCUCGGAACAGAGAGCCCAGUCCAGGUCUGCCUGCAGUCGUACCCAGGUCGUAUGUUCAAUAGCAGGAAACGUUCAUUCUGCAGUGGUUGGUUUAAAGGAAGGGAAUGGCUGGAAUAUUCACGUUCCGCCGAUUCAGCCUUUUGUUUUCCAUGUAGAAAGUUCAGUUUGGGCCCUAAUGCUGACAAGGCCUUCACGCUAAGUGGCUACUCUAACUGGAGACAUGCAAUGGAUUCUUCAAAGGGAUUUUCCAGGCAUGCGCAUUCAAAAGAGCACUUAAAAUGCAUGGCGCUGUGGAAGGAAAAGGAAACACGCAGCACAGCAGGAACAGAGGUGUCAACUCUGGUUAAUUCAAGACAGCUGGAUAGAAAUCGCAAGUAUUUUUCUGCAAUUGUUGACAUAAUUGAGUUUCUUGUUUCAAACGCGCUGCCUUUCAGGGGUUCGUUGGAUGCUUUUGACACAAUGGGAGAGGGGGGCAGUGGCCUUUUUUUGUCCAUGAUGGAUUAUACUCUCCGAAAAGACACAGAACUUGCUGAAGUGUAUCGCACUAUACCUGCCAAUGCCAGAUACACAUCGCAUGACAUUCAAAAUGAAAUUAUUGGACUUAUGAGUGAACUUUUAACUGAGGAAAUUGUUAAAGAUGUAGGAAAUUCAUGGUACACGUUAAAGGCAGAUGGUACCCAAGAUGCCAAAGGCCAUGAAAACAUCUCCAUCGUCAUUCGCUACCUGAACGAAAAAAACGAAGUUCACGAGCGGCUGUUGUGUGUGGCAACAACUGAAAACUUUGAUGCACUGUCGUUAACUAAUGUGGUCUUAACAGAGAUAACACGUGCUGGUCUGAGCACAGAAAAAAUUCUAAGUCAAUGCUAUGAUGGGGCCAACGUGAUGUCGGGGAAGAAGGGGGGGAUGCAAAAGAUUCUACAGGAUAAAUUGAACAGAGAAGUGCCAUACAUUCACUGUUUCAACCAUCAGUUACAUUUGGUGGUGGUGCGCGCAAUGUCAGUAGAGAAUGCACUGGAGCAUUUUUUUAAUGUGUGUGACAACCUGUAUAAAUUUGUGAAGAAACCGACAGUAGCUGCCCAAUACAAUGGCGAAAUGUUGAAAAGACUUCUCGAUCAAAGGUGGACAGGUCACCUGGCAACAGCGUCUGUCAUAGUAAGAAGCUAUGACAACAUUGUGAAUUUUUUGUCUGACAUAGGUUUGCGACACGCAAACAGAGCGUACAGCACAGACAUAAAGCUGGAGGCUGCAGGCUUGAUGAAGUCGGUAUCUGAAGCGGAUUUUAAGUUCAUUGCUUUGAUGGUACACAAGAUCCUCCUUCUCCUAGAUCCCGCAAACAAGAUACUUCAGGCCAAAGAAACUGAUCUGUACACUGGCCUAAAACUUGUGCAUAGUGUGUGCGAAUGCAUUAAGAAUCUCCGGUGUGACAGUGAGUUUGAAGCAUUGUGGGCACAAUGCAAUGACGAGCAACAAGCGAAUUCUUCCAAACGGGCAAGAUACUUGACCAAGGGUCUAGAGCAGUUUGUAGUGGAAAGUUCCUGUGGACAGAGUGAUGAAGCAGAUGAAACAGAAUGCAAAAGACUUUUCUUCAGUACUUUGGAUACUGUCAUUGGAGAAAUGUCAGCACGGUUCAGUGAGCGUAACAGCCAAUUGGUUGAAGCCCUGUGUGCUCUCGACCCUGGAAGCAAUGACUUUCUGGACAGUUCAAUGGUUAAACCACUCUUGGACCUAACCAAAACAGAAAUUGUGGAUGCUGAAUUCACUGUGGCUCGACAGUUUAUACGGACUGAAACUGCUCUUUCUAACAGGGAGAAAUGGACCACCCUGGAUGUACUGCAAACGUUUUCUGGGGCUCUAGCUGCAAUGCCAACCGUUUAUAUUGCGCUCAGACAUGGAAUAACUUUUGGGGCAUCUACUGCCACCUGUGAAAACUCUUUUUCGACCCUCACUAAUGUGUUCACUCAGCACAGACGAAGCAUGUCACAUCAGAGGAAAGCGCAACUUAUCCAGUUGGCAUUUGAACGUGAUCUAACUGUAAAAUUCAAAGAGAAAGAAUGGCAUGAAAGGUUACUAAGGAGAUUCAGUGCCAAAUCAAGGAGACUGCAGCUCUUCUAA